AUGAGGAAGAGACAGUUGCUCGGAUACUUGUACGCGACAUGUUGGUCGGUGUCGAUGUAUCCGCCACUAUGGAUCAACUGGAAGCGGCAGAGCGCAAGAGCAUUGUCGAAAGGCUACGUGGUGUUUAAUUGCAUCGGGUAUACAGCGCUAGUACUCUCGCUGGUUGUGCAGACGGUGCUCUGGCAGAAUGAAGGCGACACGUCCAGCGCGGUGAGGCCGUCGGUAGGGUGGUCGGACUACUGGUAUGCCAUGCAUAGCUGGCUUCUUAACGGACUGCUGGCGUCGCAGGUGCUAUGGGGCACCAGACUAUGGGGCUUCACCGGAGAGCCGGCGAAUAGGAUGAGCACAGCGCACCGGAAGAUGAUGCAGUUGUUCAUCGGGCUUUUUUGCAUUGGCACAGUGCAAUAUGUGGUUAGCAUUACGCAAACAGGGUUGAACAAUCAGUCGACACUGUUCUACUGCCAUGUGCUGUACUUUAUAAAAAUCAUCAUGUCUGUGCUGAAGUAUAUCGCACAGGCCAAGCACAACUACGAGCGCAAGUCCACGGUUGGGUUUUCCAUGCUGAGCGUAUCGCUGGACAUAUGUGGGGGGGUUUUCUCCCUGGCGCAGCUCGUCUUGGAUCUGACUGAAAAGUCCGGGAUCUCGGUCACAACGGUCAAGGCCAACUCCGGCAAGCUAGGAAUCGGUCUAGUAAGCCUCCUUUUCAAUUUUGUUUAUAUAUCUCAGUGGCUUUUAUAUAGAUGA